AAUGAGGUUUUAGACUAGGGUUUCUCUUCCGGUGCUCUUUGUCACUAUGAGCCAUUCUCUCCGUCUUCUCCGGCUUGCUCGCCGGAACCCUAGCCCCUUGGAUCACCUCCAUGGGAUUCUCCGGCCGGGGACGCCGCCAUGGAGGUUAUGGAGCUCCGCCUGCGAGUCAACCUCCGCUUCGAAUCAGCCCAGCCAGCGUGUCUCCGCCCUUGUGGACGAGAUCUCUGGACUUACUCUCCUCGAGGUUGUGGAUCUCACGGAGGUCCUAAGGAAACGAUUGGGUGUUGAGGAAAUGCCGUUCAUGGCCGUGAUGGCGCCGGGAACGGGGGUUGGAGGUGGCGGCGGGGGGCUAGCAGGUGCCAACGCGGUGGCGGAGAAGGUUGAGGAGAAGAAGGAGAAAACUGCAUUUGAUUUGAAGCUUGAGAGUUUCGAUGCUGCUUCUAAGAUUAAGAUCAUCAAAGAGGUUCGAUCGUUUACCGAUCUGGGUUUAAAGGAGGCCAAGGAUCUGGUGGAGAAGGCUCCUGCAGUGUUGAAGACGGGGGUGCCGAAAGAGGAGGCGGAGAAGAUUGCGGAGAAGUUGAAGGAGCUCGGCGCAAAGGUCGUCUUAGAAUGAGGAGGUAGGUUUGUUUCUUGUUGCAAGUUGUGAUCUUUUUCGAUGAUUUUGCUACCUUGUAUUAAUAGAGGUGGAAUCAAGAGGAGAGAUGAAUGUUUUCCAUUUUUCCUCAAUAAUUUAGCGUUCAACAUACUGUAAUUGGAUUUCUAUUGGAGAAUUGGGAAGCUUGCAGCAGGUUUUCUCCAUUGCCAAAUUUCCAAAUUUUCUUUUUUGUGCGUGGAAUUGUGAAGUCUAAUUAGGAAUUUAUUUAAAAAAGAAAUUUUGUUGGGAA